CUGCAUCGUGUUCGGUUACAGAACACAACGUCAUGAGCCACAUAAUGAGACUCACGUCAAUGGCCGAAGAGCUGAGAAAUCUUGAAUCGCCGCUCACGGAACAACAACCGAUCAUGAAAAUUCUACAUUCACUACCGACGAGCUAUCGUGCCUUUCAAUCAGCAUGGUUAAGUGUUCCAGCGCUUGAACAGACUAUACAGAACCUUACGGCACGACUCAUUGGAGAAGAAGCCUUAACUAAAAAUAUCAAUAAAGGAGAGAUGGAUCCAGCAGACGUGGCCUUAUUUGCUGGACAAACUCACCCAUCCGCUGGAGCAUCUGACGUUGCAUUCCACACACAAAGGGGUAGAACAGGAAGCUAUCCAGAAUUCAGAAGAGGAAGUAGAAGAAUUCGUGCCAGAAGCUGGGUUUUUCGUGGAAACAGAACUGACUUCAAUAAUAGUCCAAACUAUGGUGACACUAACUCUACUAUCACCUGUUUCCACUGUCGUCAAGUGGGUCACAAGUCUUACAACUGCCCCAUCAAACGGAAUGAUGAAAGAAAACAACAAAGAGAUGACAGUUUCAACAAGAGCCAUAAUUCAUUUGGCUGUAUCUCAUCAUCACUCUGUAUUGUUGCAAGACAACCGGAUCACUGGUACGUGGAUUCUGCUGCUUCGAGUCACAUGGCGGACAAGAGAUCCUUUUUCACCACAUUUAAGGAGAUACCCACAGGUGCUUGGAAAGUAAAUGGAAUUGGAGGAGUACAACUAGAAGCACGAGGCAUUGGGCACAUCAAUGUAACUACAUUCAUUGAAAGAGAAGAAACGAAAGGAACUUUCUUAGACGUGCUAUUCGUACCGAAUCUAUUGGUUAAUCUCUUUUCUGUUGGAUCGGCCAUUGAAGCGGGAAUAGAAGUUCAUUUUAAAGGAACAAAGCUGAGUGUACUGGCGACAACUGUAAACAACGUGAAGACUUUGCAACCACAGCAGCCUCAACAGCGUCUGUCCACUUACUCCAUCAACGGUUUGCACAUGCAAACUGCAGAGAUGUACCCAGAACAAUCAAGUUAA